AUGUCGCUCAAGACAUCCCUGAUAACACUCGGAUUCGUCGUUAGUUUCGCAUCGUUUAUCGACGCGAGAUGCUACAUCUUGAUGCCGCAAGAAUUCUAUGAGGGCCAACGAAACCUCACAGAGACAUCGGUGAAUUCGCAUAAAACGGAAACGGUGAUUCAUCUUCCGAAGAAUCAUUCCCAGAUAAGAAUCGUUGUCGAUGAUGGGGAUGAGGUCAGCGAUCGAGAUGAAGCAGCCCGGAGCGGUGUUGAGUUGGAAUUGAGUGAAAAGGCCAAAUUGAAUGAUGAGGCUGCUACCACGAGUAGCUCGACACCACUGAACUCCUCCGAGAUUUCUUCGAAAACCGAAGGACCCGUGGUAGAGCUCAAUUCGGGAAAAAUAGAAGGAAUCCCCGCAACACAAGGGACGGUGCACAAGUUCUUCGGUAUCCCUUUCGCUGAAGCUCCUCUCGGUGAGUUGAGAUUCCGACACCCCGUGACCGUGAAAUCUUGGAGCCCGAAAACUGUCAGAGCCAACACCAAGCCAUUCCCUUGUUUACAGGGACCGUUCUACAUAAAUAGCAACCUCACCAUCGACACCGCGAACUCGACCGAGGACUGUUUGUACCUCAACGUGUGGACUCCCGACGACUGUGUGUUGAAUGGAACGUGCGGAGCACAGAAGUCCGUCAUGGUGUUCAUUUACGGCGGAACCUACACGUUCGGUUCUUCAGGAUGGAAUAUGUACGACGGAGAGCAGUUGGCGCUCCGAGGCGAUGUAGUCGUGGUCAGCUUCAAUUACCGAGUGGGACCUUUCGGGUUUCUAUAUUCAGCCACAGAAGAUGCCCCCGGAAAUGCCGGGCUCUUCGAUCAGCUAAUGGCCUUAAAAUGGGUCCAGGACAAUAUUCGUCUUUUCGGUGGCAACCCCAACGACGUGACGCUUUUCGGUCAAAGUGCCGGUGCGAUUUCCAUUGCAUACCACAUGGCGUCACCACUCACGCGUGGACUCUUCCAUAAGGUCAUAAUGCAGUCUGGUAGCUCUUACUUUCGGAUGACGGACCCGACGCGCGAAGGUCCGAAGAAGGUUGAGAAACUCGCGAACAGCAUGGAAUGUCUCCAAGAUGGUGAACUUAUCGAAACACAUGCCAAAGAAAUCGUGGCCUGUUUACGGAAAAAAGACGGCAAAGAGCUGAUGGAAACGACUUUCUCGGCGUUCGGGCUCAACGCUCUGACUUUCUUCCCCAUACAUGGAGAUGAGUUUUUGCCAAAGCCCGCUCAAGAACUCAUCACGUCUGGCAAAUUGCCGAAGGUGCCGGUCUUGAUCGGGAAUAACAAAGACGAAGGCUCGUAUUUCAUCUAUUACUUGUUCGGUCGCUCAUUGAGCCUGGCGGACUUGGAUUUGGUGACGAAAUACGAGAUCGAUUUAUACGUGACGUUUGGCUUACAAAUGCUGCUCCAAUCAAACGUUCGCAAUAUUCGCGCCCAAUACUUCGAUGGCGUCAAAGAGGAAGAAACGAUGAAAGCCUUGCGACAAGCGGCGAUUAUGGUAGGUGAUCUCGCGAUGGUGUGCCCGACCAAAUAUUUCGCCGAAGAGGCCGCAGCUCAGAAUCUGACCGUCCACUAUUAUGAAUUCGACUUCCGGAGCUCCUUUGGCACAUGGCCGGAUUGGGUCGGAACAACCCACGGAGAGGAGAUACCUUUCGUCUUCGGUCAUCCGCUAUCGGGUUUGGAAGCCAACGCGACCGCAGAAGAUAAGGAGAUGUCUAGAGAAAUGAUCAAGAUCUGGACGGAUUUCGCCAAGACGGGACUCACGCCGGUCAAACUGAGAGGGACGCCAUGGCCCGCAUACACCGAGAAAAGCCAGACCUAUCUUCGCAUCGGUCAGACAUCGACGGGUAUCGGUAGAGGUCCGAAUGAGAGGAUGUGCAAUUCAUGGAGGAAGUAUCUCAUCACUUGAGAUCACUCCGACCCUCAGACGAUUCUUGGAGCCGAGACCCAGGUGGCCGUGUCUUCCUUAGCUGUCCUGCGAGAGUGAAGGAGAGUCACGGGAAUACGAUCGGGAGAC